AUAAAGAUGAAUCCACAUAAAGAAGAGGGAAAGGUUAGAGUUAGAUUCGUUACAAAUGACCCAAGUAUUCGUGUGACAGAGACACCAUUCGCUGUGACACUCAAACUGGGCAGACUCGGUCUGUCAGAGGUUGUGAAUCAUCUGCGAGAGGAGACAGACGCCAGCUUGCACAAACCAUUCGACUUCCUCAUCAAUGGCAAAUUCAUUCGAACGACGCUCGACAAGCAUCUCAAGAAGGCAGGACUCAGCGAGGAGCCCGUCAUCACCAUCGAAUACGUCGAAGCCGUCACACCACCCAAGCGUGAGCAGGAGAACCAGCACGACGAUUGGAUCUCCUCAGUCGACGCACGCUCCUCGCUCGGCCUCGCACUCACAGGCUGCUACGACUUUGGCGCACGCAUCGUCGACGGCUCGGCCACCACCCUGCUCACAGCAGUCGGCCACACAGCCGCUGUCAAGGCUGUGGCCUGGACCCAAUCAUCAAAGAAGAACGCACUUCAAUUCCUCACGGCCUCACUCGACAAGACUGUUAGACUGUGGGCCGCUGACGUAGAUGCCAAGACAACAUGUCCAAUGGCUGUCUUCAAGGCACACACCGCAAGCGUUGAGUCGAUCAGCGCCAACCCAGACGGCACCAGAUUCGCCUCUGGUGGCUACGACAACAAGUUGAUGUUGUGGGAUCUCCAGAACCUUCCACAGCCCGCCGCAGCAGUACAGUCCAAGAAGAAGAGAAAGAAUGCCAGUAUACUUGAAUCUCAUUCACAGGCCGUAACGACAGUUACUUGGCCAACACAGUUCCAACUGUUGUCUGGAUCGAUGGAUAAGAGCAUUCGUCUGUGGGACUUGGAGACAAUGGCCAACAGCGACACUAUGAUGGCACCAUCCGCCUUGCACGACCUGUCCUACUCGAUCGAGGCCGGUCUGAUCGCAUCGGCACACGCCGACCACGCCGUGCGUCUGUGGGACCCGCGCAUCACUGAUGGAAAGUACAACAUCCAGACGCUGCUCUCACAUAAGAACUGGGUGACGAGCAUUCGCUGGAAGCCCAACUCUGCCACACAGCUGCUGUCGUCGUCGCACGAUGGCACCGUCAAGCUCUGGGACAUUCGAAGCAAGAUCGCACUAUUCUCUCUAGACAAGCACACCGACAAGGUAUUAUGUACAGACUGGCUACGCAAUGUGGACUCUACCAACUCCAAUGACGAGUGGAAGAUUGUUAGUGGUGGAGCUGAUACCAAGCUGAAGAUAUACUCUAGUGGCGAAUCAGAA